GUAAUGAACCUCCGGAUUGUCGUUAUCCAAAUAUUAGUUCGUUAACUGAAUGUGUUGAUUCGUCAUCCUUAGUGGCUGCAAUAUCGUAGGCUAAGGUUUUUGAAAUAGACCAAAGAAUUUCCGUCAGAACUGUCAGUGCUUUCAUAUGUGUUAUAAUUGUUUACCGAAGUAUCUGAUACCAUCUUAUUUGUUUGCUUUUGGUUUUUGAAUGUAGUGGAGAAAUAUGUUUUCUUGUGAGUCUUUCUCUUUGGUUAAGAUAUAAUAUUGAACUUUUUUAGAUGGCAGUUAGCCGGUUACUGAUAUAUUAAUAAUUGUGGUUUUUUUUUUAUGUUACAUUUGAUGGUUUUUUUUUAAUUUUAUGGUGCAAUAUAAUGAACUAUCAUGUCACCGAAUUUAUUUUUCUUGAAUUAAUUACGUUGAAUUAUUCACUAAUAAAUAAUAAAUUAUUUUUGAGUUGUUUUUUUUUAUGUCAAAUAUUGUUUGACUCACAUUUCUUGUAGCCUGCGAUUUUCGAAAAAAUAUUUCGGAUGAUUUAUGUAUUUUGUAUUUCUUUUCAUAGCUGAAUGCAGAUGUUAUAUUUUAAAUAUCAUUCAUUGUCUUCUUUAUAUUUUCUCCAUGCAAAUUUAUCAUAUUUAGGUCAGCCGACAGUUAUAUCGUACUUUGUUUUGAAGUGGCUUAGGUCAAAGAGUUUCCGUAAUAAACUUCAAUAUCUAUGGUCAAGUGUGAUGUAUUUUGAAUAAGAAUCAGUUUAUGAGUUUUUUUGAAAAAAAAAAUUGUUAUCCAACGAAACCGAAAUUUUAGUCUUUCAAAAGUUUCACUUUAUUGUUUUUGUAUGCGAGUCUGAUGAUAUGUGUAAGUUCUGUUUGUUGUGUUUUUAUUUUUAAACAUUUUGCAUUCCGUUUCACAUUACACAUUUUGUGAAACAGAGAGUAUAUUAUAUAAACACACAUGUCAUAGAUUCAUGUUUCACAAUACAUGUUGAUUCUUGCAAUCUGUGUUUCAGGCUGUUCUGUGGGAUUGACGAAGUCUACUAUAUUUUUCUUGGGAGGUUAAGCAAUCUCUGCACGUUGAACCGCCAGUACGGACUCACGGAGAAGAACACAAGCGAGGCCUUGUUUGUGAUCAAAGCUUAUUGAACACUACGUGAUCGUGGUCCCUACCCUGCAGAUCAAGUCAUUAGAUGUCUCGAAGGAAGCUUCGCCUUCGCCUUCGUCGUCUACGAUACUCAAACCUUCUCUGUUUUCUCAGCUUUGAGCUCUGAUGGAGGAGAGUCUUUACUGGAGAAUACUCGGCGACGGGUCUGUUGUCAUGUCUGAUGAUGGUCAGAUCAUAAAGCAAAUGAUGUGCCAAAUCAUUUGCUCCUUUCCCAACUGGGAGUAUGUACAUAGUGAGAUCGGGCUUAAGAGUUUUGAACAUCCCGAGGACAACAUGAAGGCAAUGCCGAUGAUUGACAGCGAAGGUGUGAUAUGUGGAGCUAACUUCCAAGUGGAUGCUUGUACUAAGAUCAAUGCCAUCCCUAGGAGAGGAACUGAAGCUAACUGGGCUCUCGCUAAUACCCGUUGAUUUCUUCUUCUAAUUGGUUCAAUCCUCUGAAUCGUUCUUUUGUCCUGAUACAUUUUAUUUUUACAUACUUCUUUGUGUAAAUAGACAUCAAUAAAGAUACAAAAGCACUUUAUAUUGUAAAACAAUGAACUCUUUACUCACUGAAAUUGUCAAUUCCAUGAAAACAGAAGAACACAUUUUCAUCCAUAAGAGAGAGAGAAGAAAACAGAACAAGGAACAGUAGAGACAAAAAUAACAAAGACUUGAUCGUGCUUAUAUUUAAGCACAAAAAUAUUCGUAUUGUUAUGGCAUACUGAGACCAAUAUUCUGGAUCAAAUAUUUAUAUAUAAAUCAUAUAGUAAUAAGGGAGAACAAAAAUAUUAAGUAUGUGAAAGCUUAAAAGUUGUCAAAUGUUCUUCACAUAAAGUACUUGUCAUUAGGUCUUCGAAGAAGCAGUGGAAAUUCGCUGGUCAAUGUUUUUACAUGCAAUCCUCUUUGUUUCACUUGGAUCUUUCGAUCACGCUAAAUAAAUUUUUCCACUGACAUAAGAGGAAAGGGAGGGAAAUUUAAAUACCCACGCUGAAGUCACUUUUGUAAUGGAUUUAUUUAUAUACUAAUGUUUUGAUUUUGUAAUAUAUGACUCUACAAUGCAAACUUAGUCAAAAAUUUGUUUAAUAAUAAAUACAUGAAUAACCCAUAGCACAAACCCAAUAUUUAUAAACUUUAUAGGGAAUUAAACACACAAUUUGAGGUGACUUUUUAAUAGUUCUUUAUUUACCUUGUUAACAUGACGUAAACAAAUGUUUUAAGUUGGUUAACAUAUUCUUUUACAUUAGAACUCUGAAAAAAAUAAAGGACGAUGGUUCAUACACUGGUUAAGUUAGCUUGUUCAAACUCUACAUAACUAAAUCUACAAUAAUCUAUAAUAAAUAAUUAAUGCUAGGCACAUGAGAAAUAGGAAUUAGGACAACCACGACCCAUAGGUUUUCAUUAAGAAAUAUUUGGAAAAUGACAUAGCAAAGACUUUAAAAAAAAAAAAGCAGAAACUAAAGUAAAAAAAAAGCAAAUCCAGAUAUGAAAAAA